UUAGAACAAAUACCGCCCGGAGGAGAACGGAAGUGAGGUCACCACCGUUAGACGAUGCUCCUAGCCAGUGGCAGAGUCUCCCAGCUCGCCUGACGCUCGGCUGCGCGCAUUGUGACGCCGGUGGCGGGUGGAUUUGAAAUUGGGACGGGAAGAAGAGAAAGUUGCGGCGGCUGUAACGACGACGUUUAUUCACAAUGCGGCGCAGCUCGAGUACCACUGGUAGCAGUAGUCGGCAAUCUGUGAUGCCUCUGAGAGUGCAGGAUACCAACAAGAUGGGUCUUCAUACACCUCAGGCGCAAGACAGAACAACCUUUGGGAAGCUGAGUAUGAGUAAACCUGCAUCUGGUACCUCAGAAAGAAAAAUCAGCUUCUUUGGUAAAAGAACUAGUGGUCCAGGAGGUUCACGUAACAGUCAGUAUGGUGUGUUUGGUACAGAAAAGAUCAAGGAUCCCAGGCCACUUCAUGACAAGGCAUUCAUCCAACAGUGUAUCCGACAGCUCUGUGAGUUUCUUGUAGAGAAUGGCUAUGCCCAUAAUGUCUCCAUGAAAUCACUCCAAUCUCCAUCCGUUAAGGACUUCUUAAAGAUCUUCAGUUUUAUCUAUGGCUUCCUGUGCCCUUAUGAGCUUCCUGAUUCCAAGUUUGAAGAGGAAAUCCCCAGAAUCUUUAAAGAGCUUGGGUAUCCCUUUGCAUUGUCAAAAAGCUCUAUGUACACAGUGGGGGCUCCACACACCUGGCCUCAGAUUGUAGCAGCUUUGGUUUGGCUAAUCGAUUGUGUCAAGUUGUAUUCUGCCAUGAGGGAAAACACACCCUUUGAUGAAGGACAGACCUGGGAAGGAGAAACAGAAGAUGGAAUUGUACAUCAUAAGCUUUUUAUGGACUACACUGUAAAGUGCUAUGAGCACUUCAUGAAGGGUGGAGACACUUUUGAGGAGUUUGAUGCAGAAGUGCAGUUAAAGCUAAAGGAUUUGUUUAAUGUAGAUGAAUUCCAGGUGGAGGCUCUAGCAGCAGAAAACAAAAGGUUGCAUGAAGAGAUUGCAAGACUAGAGAAAGAAAGGGAAAGUGAGCCGGAUCGUUUAGUGUCAUUGAAAAAACUGAAAUCUUCUUUGCAAGCAGAUGUUCAGAAAUAUCAGGCUUACGUGGCUAAUCUGGAGUCUCAUGCAGCCAUCCUUGACCAGAAAGUGAAAGGAAUUAAUGGGCAACUUGAAACAGCAGAAAUGGAAGUUGAAGCGAUGAAGCAGGAGAAUGCACGCCUCCAGCACAUCUUUGAUAACCAGAAGUACUCAGUUGCAGACAUUGAGAGAAUAAAUCAUGAAAGGGAUGAACUACAGCAAACAAUCAACAAGCUGACCAAGGAACUGGAGGCAGAAGAGCACCAAUUAUGGAAUGAAGAGAUGAAAUAUGCUAGAGGGAAAGAGGCGAUCGAAACACAACUGGCAGAGUAUCACAAGCUGGCUCGAAAGCUGAAACUAAUCCCAAUAAGUGCAGAGAAUUCCAAAGGCCAUGACUUUGAGAUUAAGUUUAAUCCUGAAGCAGGACCAAACUGUCUAGUCAAAUACAGAACUCAUAUUAAUGCUCCCCUGAUGGAGCUCAUAAAUAGGACCGAAGAAGAAAUUAGAAAAGCUACUCACAAGAAAAUGGGUUUAGAGGAUGCGUUGGAACAGGUGAACACAAUGGCAUUAGAAAAGAAAAGCAGUGUUAAAAUGCUUAAGGAAGAGGCCCAAAAGCUGGAUGACCUUUACCACCAGAAGCUUAAGGAAGCAGAAGAGGAAGAGAAAAAAUGUGCAACUGAACUGGAAUUAUUGGAGAAGCAUAAACACUUACUUGAGAGUGGAAUCAAUGAAGGCCUCAGUGAAGCUAUGAACGAGUUGCAUGAUGUUCAGCGGCAAUACCAGGUUGUUAUGCAGAUGACAAUGGAAGAGAGUAGGAAAGUAGGUGAUAAUUUGAACCAUCUCUUGGAAGUGAUUGCUACUCAUGUAGUAUCAGUAGAGAAAUACCUGGGUGAGCAGAAUGUAAAGGUUGAUAGAGACUUUGAAGAAUUCAUGUCAGAAGAUUUACUUGCAAACUUAAGAGAGAUCCUAGACAACUAUAAAAAGAAGGCUGAUGCAGUGUAAUUCUCAAAAAGGAUGAAGAAGAUAAAAAUUUUGGAUUUGCAGAGCUCUAGAGGUAUCUGUCCUUCAAUGUAAGCAUCACCUGUCAUAGAUUUCCUUGUUAGUUGAAUUGCUGUUAUGAUUCAUAGACUCUUUUACAAAUGUAUAUAGCUUCCUUUUAGUUUUUAGUAAGUGCAUCAUUAUAUUAAAAAAAAUAAGAGGUUAAUCAAAUUAUUUGCAAAUAAAGUAAUAGAUUUGUUUUUACUUUCUUUGUUAUCCGUUUAUGCAACUAUGGCAGGACACAAUCCAGAAAAAAAAUUUAAUUUUGAUCUCUCUGUAACUAGUAGGAGGUGUUCACAUCACUUGUGUUCCUCCUAGAAACAUUUAAUGGGAUUAAGAUACAGCGCCACCUGUCUGAAAAAUGAUCUGGAAUGGAUUUAUAGAUGGGCCAUCAAGUCCUAGUGCUUAAAGGGACACCGCCAACUUGAAAAUCUGCCAUCUGAAAACUUUGUAUUGACUAAUGUUACAAUAAACCUAUAAGAUUACUAAUAA